AUGGGGCUGGGCAAGCGCACCGACUUUGGGGAUGCCAAGUAUGCUGGGCUGGAUGUGCCCUUCAGCUGCGACAUUGUGCAGACGCUCGAGAGCGCGCUGCAGUGCGGCUUUGACUUUGUGAUGGCGCCGCUGGUGCACCCCCGGUACCGCCGCCCCGCCCCCAGCGCGCUGCCGCGCGGCACCUUCCAGCCCCCCUUCACCCGCUCCGACCUGCUGCUCACCUCGGGCCAGUGGAGCGGUCAGGUGGUGGGCAAGGUCAGCCCCUGGAUCGACUGCGACUCUGCCAGCCCCGCGCUGGCCCGCGACUCGCGCGCGGCGCUGCAGCAGGAGCUAGCCUGGGCGGCGCACCUGUCGCUGCAGGCCGUGGCGCUGCCGCCGCCGCCGCAGCCGCUGGCCGCAGCCAACUACGCGCGCCUGCUCAACCAGGCGCUCGGCAGCCUGGCCAGCAUGGCGCUCUGGCUGCGCAUCCCCGCCGCCGCGCCCGCGGCAGCCGCCGGCUCCGACGGCGACGCCGGCGGCCUCGGCGGCAGCAGUGGCAGCAGCCUUGCGGGCGACCCCUGGGAGUGGUGGAACCAGCUGCGCUUCCUGUGCCACCACAACACGCGGCUGGGGGUGGUGCUGGAGCUGGGCGCAGACCUGCCGUCGGAGGGCAGCCUGCUGCGGUGGCGGGGCGAGCCCCUCAAGGCGGUGCUGGUCCCGACAUCCAUCUUCCAGACCAACAAGCGCGGCUACCCCGCCCUCUCCAAGCGCCACCAGGAGUUCCUGGGCGAGUGCUUCAGGCGGGGGGUGCAGGUGGUGCUGUCGGGCGCGGCGCAGCACGCGCCGCCCGCGCCGCCCGCGGGCAACGCGGCGGCGGUGGGGCCCGGCGGCGAGGUGGCGGCGGCGGCGGCGGUGCAGCAGGACUCGCUGCGCGUGUACUGGGAGUAUCUGUCGUACAUAUUCAGGAAGAUUGAGGCCACCAGCGAGCAGGAGAUGGUGGAGAUGGGGUACCGCGACUACCUGCAGUCCCCGCUGCAGCCGCUGCAGGACAAUUUGGAGAGCCAGACGUACGAGACGUUUGAGCGGGACGGCAUGAAGUACAGCACCUACGAGGAAGCUGUGUACCGCUGCCUGCUGGACCGCGUGCCAGAGGAGGAGGCGGAGAGCCGCACCACAGUACUGAUGGUGGUGGGGGCGGGGCGGGGGCCGCUGGUGGCGGCGUCGCUGCGGGCGUCCGUGCGCGCGCGGCGCAAGCUCAGGGUGUUUGCUGUGGAGAAGAACCCCAACGCCGUGGUGACACUGCAGAACCGGGUGGUGGCGGAUGGGUGGCAGGGCACCGUCACCAUCGUGCCCGCCGACAUGCGCGAGUGGGAGGCGCCCGAGCAGGCAGACAUCCUGGUCAGCGAGCUGCUGGGCUCCUUCGGCGACAACGAGCUGUCGCCCGAGUGCCUGGACGGCGCGCAGCGCUUCCUCAGGCCCGACGGCGUGUCCAUCCCGCAGGCCUACACCUCCUACCUGCAGCCCAUCACCUCGCACAAGCUGUGGAACGACGUCAGGGCGUACGACGAUGUGGAGCACUUUGAGACGGCCUUUGUGGUGAAGCUGUUCAAGUUCUGCCCGCUGGCGCCCACGCAGGAGGUGUUCACCUUUGAGCACCCCAACCGCUCGCACAGCAUCGACAACACGCGCAGCAUCCGCCUGCAGUUUGACUGCACCCCACCGGGCGGCACAGGCAAGCUGCGGCCGUGGCCUCCUGCCUCCUCCGGCUUGCCUGCUGCCACCUGCCGCUGCUGCCGCCCGCUCGUCUGCCUGCCGUCAUGGCUAUGCCACGGCUUUGCCGGCUACUUUGACGCCCGGCUGUACAAGGACGUGCACCUGUCCAUCCACCCGCCCACCCACACCCCCAACAUGUUCUCCUGGUUCCCAAUCUACUUCCCCGUGCGCACACCCUUCUACGUGCCCCAGGGUGCGCGCAUGGAGGUGCACAUGUGGCGGUGCGCCGGCCAGCACAAGGUGUGGUACGAGUGGGCGGUGACGCAGCCGCUGGCCUCCCCCAUCCACAACCCCGGCGGCCGCAGCUACCAUGUGGGCCUGUAG